CUGACUGUAUGCCGCGGGAACGAAACUCACUGGUCACACGUUUAGGCAGAAAUAAAAGAUUUACGUUUUGAAGAAAGACAAUAUAAACACCAUACAACCGCAGUGGAUCCGGAUGCCAUGUUCACCUCAAAGCUAUUGACCCUUGUCUUGGUGGUACAGCCAGGCAGGGUGUUACUAGGCAUGAAGAAGAGGGGGUUUGGAGUCGGGAAAUGGAAUGGAUUUGGAGGAAAAGUGCAACUAGGUGAAACCAUUGAGCAGGCAGCCCAUCGAGAAUUGUUGGAGGAAAGUGGUCUCACUGUGGACAUACUGGAUAAGAUUGGAAACAUCAAAUUUGAAUUCAUUGGAGAGACAGAAUUAUUAGAUGUCCACAUAUUCAGAGCAGACUCAUUCCACGGAGAACCAACAGAAUCAGAUGAAAUGAGGCCUCAGUGGUUUGACUGCGACAAAAUCCCAUUCAGUGAAAUGUGGGCAGAUGACAUUCUAUGGUUUCCCAUGAUGCUUCAGAAGAAGAAAUUCCUUGGCUAUUUCAAAUUCCAGGGCCAUGAUUUGAUUGUAGAACACAAGCUUGAAGAGGUAAAUGAGGUUUCAUGAGAUCAUGUUGUACAGUACUCCAUCCUUUCUGUUUUGGGUCAAAUUAAUGAAGCAUAGAACGGAAAUAAUAUGUCUACUCUCGUUUGUUUAUCAGUGAACUUCUGUUGCUGCUGUUUUGUGCGGUGUAAAUAUUUCUGAAUCAAGAUGUACAGUGUACUAUGAUCACACUGUUCUGUGAAAGGACAUUCAUUAACAUUAUUCUUUUCCGAGCCCUUUUGACCUGAGCACAAAGGCUCCAGAGUGUUACAGUUCAGGACUCUGUGCUGUGCUGUGUGUUGGUGUUUAAGGCAAUGCGUACCUUGUGCCUACAAGGCUGUGCUGUUAUGUAUGACUAAAACUGUUACUAAUGCGUACCUUGUGCCUACAAGGCUGUGCUAUUAUGUAUGACUAAAACUGUUACUGUGGCUCCAAAAUAAUGUUCAGAAGACACUACAGCACAGGACCAAUGAUUUCAAUGAUAUACUGUAAGGAAUAGACUUCUCCCUGUGCUCAUCGGACAUGUCCUAAUCUGUUUGAAAUAAUGCUCCAUAUUUCAUUUAAGUUUUCACGAUUGUUUCAGUAGCUGCUUUCAUGUUAGAACAGAUGUCUGUAGAUGGGAAAUAAUAUUUUUAAUCUUUGAAUAAAGUCGACUAAUUUCA